UGAAGGUUUGGAGCUCCGCUUCUGCCAUAUUGUUCCGAUGGUCGCCGGGUUCUACCUUACAAAAACGCCGACAUUCGUGCAGGGGUGUCAGUACCGAGAGGCCUGGCUGCGUGCUCGCCAAAGAGCUGCUCGGUGGACGGAGAUGCUGCGCACACGUUUCCUCUGGUUCCACGAUGGAGAAAACAGGAAGGAGGGGGGCUGGAUCCAGGCUUACCCGUCGAAAUCAAAUACACGACUCUACCAAGUGCUUAAAAAUAUACUUGUAUUCAUCCUACGGUUUGGCUGCGAUGUGCCACUAUUCAAAAAUAAUACUGAUCAUUUUAAUAACCGAUAUUAGACCCCAUCAUGCCUGAGCGGCCAUUUGUUGACAUUUCGCCCAAGGCGUAAUCGGUUGUUCCAAUAUCUCUAGUCUUAAUAUUUAGGCUUUUUCAACACGAAUUGUGACCCAGUUCGAGAUAUCACCGAUAGGUGGCAGCAUUGUCUAUUUCACAAACACUGUUCAAGUGUUCACCCAAUAAUGGUCCGUCUGCGGAACGCUCGUUCGGUGCGCAUUAAGUCCGACCACUAAAAGGAACACACCGUCCACGGUUGUUGUAGCAACCAUCGCGCUAAAACUUUAGCGCCAUUAUUCUAUUCUAUUUAUGACAGCAUUACCUGGAUAUUUACAUUUAGAAGUCUAUCUCAGCAGCGUUUUCAAUUCAGCGUUUGUUUUGUAAAUACGACUAACGCUUGGGACGUUAGACCUGCGCGACGCUGUGUCGGGGUCGUAUCAUACCGCACUGUUUUUCACAUAGUGGAUGUGUUUAGCUCAACAUCAUGUCUGCUGUCAACAGUCUGGUCCCUGCUCGGUUCCUGACUAUUAUUUCUCACCUUGUUAUUGUCAUCACCAUCUUCUGGUCCAGGGAUAACAAUGUGAAGGCCUGCCUACCUUUGGAGUUCACGCAAGCUCAAUAUGACAACGAAGACAGAAAGCUGGUGGUUGGUCUGGCAAUCACUUUGGGUCUUUUUGCGUUGGAGUUGGCUGGGUUCUUCUCAGGAGUGUCCAUGUUCAACAGCAGCCAAAGCCUCCUCUCAACAGGGGCACAUGCCAGUGCUGCAGUAGCUUUGGUUUUCUUUCUGUUUGAGCAGUGGGACUGCAACAUCUACUGGUGGAUACUCGCCUUCUGCAGGUCAGUGUCUGGUGUAUGGCAAAUUCAAGAAGUGUUUUUUUCCCUGACAGAUGUUUCACUCAGCUUUGGCGGUCCACUGCAGCGCCUCUGUCUCCUUGUCUUUUUUUGUGUUUGAAAAGUGGGAGUGCUGGACAUAUUGGGUUAUAUUUGCCUUCUGCAGUGUGCUCCCAGCCUUUGUGGAGAUUCUGCUGUUUGUUGCUGUUUUUGGACUGAAGAGGAAGCCCCUAUGAUUGGAACACCUGCCUGAUGUUUUUAUUUAAUUGUACAAAUGUUUUCU